AGGCGGUACCAAUACCAUUUUCCCUCGCACAGUAGAGCAGCUAGGAAGACAUUCAUGCUGGUGAAAGUGACGAACCAAUCAGAAUUAUCCAACACACACUGAACAUACUCAUCGAAAAUCCCCCCUCAAAAGAUGAAGACAACCACCCAAGCAAUAAAAUCAACGAAGUUGAAAAAGUUCCUCCUCCAGAUUUGAAAUCCAAGUAUUUGCAGACAAUCUUCCGCAAUCCUCGACAAAUAAUAGUGUCAAUGUUUCGGAGAUUGGGAACUAUUGGUGACGAAGCUAGGUUCGGUCGCAUGCUGCCGUUUCAGCUGCUUAUGUUGCGCUAACUGAGAGAUUUUCAACGCCGUGGGGUAGGGGGGGGGGGGGGGGUGGGGAGGUUCGCGCUCGGUGGUGGUGGAUCAGAUCGGUCUGGGUGGAGCCAUGGAAGAUUUUAUGCUUCAUUGCGCUUAGGGUUUUUUUUCUCGUAGUGGACAAAGAGGAAGGAUUAGUGUAUCCCAAAUCAGAGUAUCUCCGUCACUUGUCCGUUUAUCUUUGUCAUUUUGUUCAAUUUUUAGUUUAAAAUAAAAAAAUUCGAAAGAUCCAAGCGCAGAAUUCUCUGCUUGCUAUGUUAUUUUAUUUUUGUUUCUAUUUUGAGGCUCCCGGAGGUUCCUGAUAUUGUGGUAUAGGAGGUGUUCUCUCCCCGAAGUUCUUAAAAGAAGAAUUAUACGCUAGCUAGCUGAGUUUGGGGGUUUCUGAUUUUAUGGAAAGUCUCAUUUAAUACUUGUUUCUGAGUUGGAGGCGCUAAAGAGAUUUGUGCUUAAGCGAAAGGAAGCUACUUGUAUUCUGCACAGGCUCUUUAUCCGUGCUUUGUUGCUUCAAAAACUCUAUAAGUCGUUGAAAUUAAAGUUUGAGUUUGAAAUUGUAAGAUGGCAAUGUCCUGCAAGGAUGGUGGUAAGCUAGGAAACAUGGACAACGGCAAGUACGUCCGCUACACGCCUGAGCAGGUCGAAGCCCUUGAGAGGCUUUACCAUGACUGCCCAAAACCCAGCUCCAUCCGCCGUCAACAGCUCAUUAGGGAGUGCCCAAUUCUCUCCAACAUAGAGCCCAAACAAAUUAAAGUCUGGUUCCAGAACAGACGAUGCCGAGAGAAGCAGAGGAAGGAAGCCUCACGCCUCCAAGCUGUAAAUAGGAAACUGACGGCUAUGAACAAGCUUUUGAUGGAGGAGAAUGAUAGGUUGCAAAAGCAGGUGUCACAACUGGUAUAUGAGAAUGGAUAUUUUCGCCAACACACGCAGAGUGCAACUCUUGCAACCAAAGAUGCAAGUUGCGAAUCUGUGGUGACAAGUGGUCAACGCCAUGUGACACCUCAGCAUCCGCCAAGGGAUGCUAGUCCUGCAGGGCUUUUGUCCAUUGCAGAAGAGACUUUAACAGAGUUUCUUUCAAAGGCCACUGGAACUGCUGUGGAGUGGGUCCAAAUGCCUGGAAUGAAGCCUGGUCCGGAUUCCAUUGGAAUCGUUGCUAUUUCUCAUGGUUGCACUGGAGUGGCGGCUCGAGCCUGCGGCCUGGUGGGUUUAGAUCCUACAAGGGUUGCCGAAAUCCUCAAGGAUAAGCCCUCGUGGUUCCGAGACUGCCGAGCUGUGGAUGUCCUCAAUGUUCUUCCCACAGCAAACGGUGGAACUGUUGAGCUGCUGUACAUGCAGCUCUAUGCACCAAUGACACUGGCACCUGCUCGUGACUUCUGGUUGUUGCGCUAUACUUCAGUUCUAGAAGAUGGCAGCCUAGUGGUCUGUGAGAGAUCACUUAAAAACACCCAGAAUGGUCCGAGCAUGCCACCCGUGCAGCAUUUUGUUCGAGCUGAAAUGCUGCCAAGUGGAUACUUGAUUCGACCUUGUGAAGGGGGUGGUUCAAUCAUACAUAUAGUUGAUCAUAUGGAUUUGGAGCCGUGGAGUGUCCCAGAAGUGUUGCGUCCCCUGUAUGAAUCAUCUACUGUGCUUGCUCAGAAGACAACAAUGGCUGCUUUGCGCCAGCUGAGGCAGAUAAGUCAGGAGGUUUCUCAAUCAAAUGUUAACGGAUGGGGCAGAAGACCAGCAGCCCUUCGAGCACUGAGCCAGCGGCUGAGCAGGGGCUUUAAUGAGGCUCUCAACAGCUUUACUGAUGAGGGAUGGUCUACCAUUGGAAAUGAUGGAAUGGAUGACGUAACUAUCCUUGUUAAUUCGUCUCCGGACAAGUUAAUGGGUUUAAACCUUUCCUUUGGUAAUGGAUUUCCAGCCAUCAGCAACACAGUUUUAUGUGCUAAAGCGUCUAUGCUCUUACAGAAUGUGCCUCCUGCAAUUCUUCUUAGGUUCUUGCGUGAACAUAGGUCAGAAUGGGCAGACAACAAUAUUGAUGCUUAUGCAGCCUCAGCUGUCAAAGUUGGACCCUGUAGCUUAUCGGGAUCUCGAGUUGGAAGUUUUGGGGGUCAAGUAAUUCUUCCUCUGGCUCACACUAUUGAACAUGAAGAGUUUUUGGAGGUGAUCAAGUUGGAGGGCAUUGGCCAUACUCCUGAAGAUGUAAUUAUGCCGAGAGAUAUGUUUCUAUUGCAACUCUGCAGUGGAAUGGACGAGAAUGCUGUUGGUGCUUGCGCUGAACUAAUAUUUGCUCCAAUUGAUGCUUCUUUUGCCGAUGAUGCACCACUCCUGCCUUCUGGUUUUCGCAUCAUUCCACUAGACUCUGGAAAGGAAGCAUCCAGUCCAAAUCGAACCCUAGACCUCGCAUCUGCUCUUGAGAUUGGACCUACUGGAAGCAAAGCACCUAAUGAAUACUCUGCAAAUUCUGCAUGUAUGAGAUCUGUUAUGACAAUAGCAUUUGAAUUUGUAUUUGAAAGCCAUAUGCAAGAGCAUGUAGCGUCCAUGGCUAGGCAAUAUGUCCGCAGCAUUAUAUCCUCAGUUCAGAGAGUGGCAUUGGCGCUCUCUCCUUCUCAUUUGGGUUCACAUGCCGGUCUUCGUUCACCAUUGGGUACUCCUGAAGCUCAGACGCUUGCUCGUUGGAUCUGCCAAAGUUAUAGGUGCUACUUGGGUGUGGAGCUACUCAAAUCCAGCAGUGAAGGAGGAGAUGCUAUCCUUAAAUCUCUGUGGCAUCACUCUGAUGCCAUCAUGUGCUGCUCUCUGAAGGCAUUGCCAGUUUUCACUUUUGCAAACCAGGCCGGUCUUGACAUGCUCGAGACGACAUUGGGUUCACUGCAAGAUAUUAGUUUGGAAAAGAUAUUCGAUGAUCAUGGACGUAAGACCCUCUGCUCUGAGUUCCCACAGAUAAUGCAACAGGGUUUUGCUUAUCUUCAAGGUGGUAUCUGUUUGUCUAGCAUGGGCAGACCGAUCUCAUAUGAGAAAGCAGUUGCUUGGAAGGUUUUAAAUGAUGAAGAGAAUGCUCAUUGCAUUAGCUUUACUUUUGUGAACUGGUCGUUUGUCUGAUUUUCGAUUAGCACUUAGGAUUAUGAUAUAUUAUGAAAGAUCAACGAGGAGUCGGACUGUAAUAUUUUGUGGUCUCGUUCAUGUUUUGGAUAUGGAAAACUUGUGUAUUCUACUAAACUGAAUACUUAUAGCCUGUUCUUGUCGUAUGAAGAAUUGAAAGACGUAUGCUACUCUCUAUUGGACUAAA